AUGGCUGCGCGGGGUGAGGCAGUCUACUGUACACUCCUUAUGACCGACAAUUAUCUCCCGGGUGCGGCUGUCCUGGCACAUUCGUUACGGAACAAUGGAACAAAAGGGAGAUUGGUCGCUCUCUUUACACCGGAAACUCUCAAAGAGUUGACAAUCAACGAGCUGAAGACACUUUACGAUGAAGUCAUACCUGUCCGCCGCUUCACGAACGGCACCCCAGAGAACCUCUACUUAAUGGACCGACCGGAUCUGAUUUCGACGUUCACGAAGAUCGAGCUCUGGCGCCAGACACAAUUCGAUCGCAUUGUAUACAUCGAUUCAGACGUCGUAGCGGUUAGGGCCCCAGAUGAACUAUUGUCCUUGGAUGUGGAUUUUGCAGCAGCACCAGACGUUGGGUGGCCCGAUAUCUUCAACAGCGGGGUCAUGGUACUUCGUCCAAAUAUUCAGGACUAUUACUCUCUGCGUGCGCUAGCAGAGAGGGGUAUCAGCUUUGAUGGAGGCGACCAAGGCCUGCUGAACACCCACUUCAAAAAUUGGCACAGAUUGAGCUUCACGUAUAAUUGCACCCCGAAUGGAAACUACCAGUAUCUCCCGGCAUACAAGCAUUUCGAGAGUACGAUCAGUCUGCUUCAUUUCAUUGGUCCCCAGAAACCAUGGAACCUAUCGAGAUAUGCAUUCCCUAGGGGAACACCGUAUGAUCAGCUCCUUGGAAGAUGGUGGGCUGUGUACGAUCGACACUACCGGCCUCAGCCCCCUCCAUCCCAAAUCAGCCAGCUCGACGAAUCGGCGGGAGUUCCGAAGUUCAACAAUACUUCAGAGAUAGGAGCUCCGAUUCAUACGACAUUGGAAGCGUCACCUUCCCAAUCUUCCAUUGUACAACAGCCACCUUCGAUAUCUUCAGCAGGACCUACUCUCCCACACUACCAGGAAAGCGAACAGGUUGCUGAGGAUCUGCAGGUCGUGCAACGUUCGCUGGUGCCUGAAGCUCUCGUAGAACCUGGACCUGUCCAUGAUCUGCCGACAGAACUGGUGCACGCGAAGCCAGUGAGCUCACCAACCAUGUCUCAUGAACCACGAAUAUCUAGCGCGCCGGAAAAGUCGCAUACAGACGUUCCGAGUGUGGUACCAUUAUAUGUGCGUGGUGAAGAGCAUGUUUCCGUAUCUGCCCAUUCGCCAAGCAGGCAGCCUGGAGCUCCUCCAACGCUGCAGACGUCGCUAUCAUAUGGCCAGAAGCAAGAGGAACCAUAUCACUAUCGACUGAAGUCUGAGAAAGACGCCUUUCACCUUACUCAGAAGCCUCCUUCGCCCACGCAGCGGCCAUUCUCACCACCAAAGGCGGAAUGGGAUGCAACCCGGGAGCCACCACCUCGUCACUCAAAGCCGGAAGCAAUAGGCCUGCAGAAAAAGAUCUACAAUAUGUCUGAAGACACAAAGCUUUUCCGGCCGCCGUCGUCAUAUCCAGAAGCACCUAAGAACAUGUACUACGAGGUUCCCAGCGUAAAGAGGGAGCCACAGAAACUGGCGCAGAUAUUCCCCUGGGAAGCCCGUGCUGUCAAGCCCACGCGGGUGUUUGCCGAUGAGGACGUAACAGUAACAGUAACAGUCACCGAGCCGGGUAGCGUGUCCUCACUUGGCAGCACUACGGAUGAUACAUCGUGUACUCAGCCAUCAACAGCAUCGUCUUCAGUGUCGUCUGUCCAAUCCCAGGUACCGCCGCCGGGAGAUAUAUGGAAAUCCUACUCCGCGCAGUCAAACGCAUGGGAUGACAUUCCAGAGAUAAGAGUGUACAUCGAGGCGGUCAAAGAACAAUGGCUUAGGAGAGGGGGAAGAAGUAAUGGUGAUGGUCGAAGAGCAAUCUCCGAUUCAGGAGGAGAGGAGUCUGAGUCUGGCUGCUGUAAAACGACGACGACAACAAACGAAGCCAACCGCUCCAGUCUUCCUGGCACUCCUGCCCCCGUGCGAAAGAUAUCUGAAGCAACUACGACAACCGGAACCGGAACUGCUACAACGCGAAAAUCACUAUCCGCAGCCGAAGAAGGCGUACCAAACCAGGAAUCCGAGUCCGACUGGGUGGGUGUCACAGUCGACAUGUUCCUGCAUCUCCUGCGAGCAGUCUACUCAUACUGGGAAUUGACAACAGAAUCCUCUGGUCCGGCUGGAAGAGCUCCGACAGCGACAAUGACAACAAUAACAACAAUAGGUCAGGCUAGUAUUCGAAAAAGAACAGACGGGGCCUGGGUCCCUAGGGAUAGAGAUAGGAGUGCAGGUCUUAGGGGGGCUGCGAGAGUGGGAGUGAGAGCAAGAACUCUCCGGCAAGAGGGACUGACUUAA